GAGCCCGACUCUCAGAGAGAGAGAGAGAGAGAGAGGGAAGCAGAGGAGCGAAAAAUUUUUACGUAGACGACAUUCUCGAAGCCCUAAUUAGGCGCCGCUUCCUUCUUCUCAUCUUGGUCGAGCUUGUUUUUGCUCUGAUUUUUAUAAGGAGGGUUUAGGGCUUCAGUUUGCUCUAGUUGGUGAAUCUUGUUCUCGUUGUUUUGGGAGUAUUUCGAAGGAUUUGUUGGGGGUUUUGAUAACGAAGAUGAGGCCAAUUCUGAUGAAGGGCCACGAGAGGCCUCUUACUUUUCUCAAGUACAACAGAGACGGGGAUCUCCUCUUCUCCUGCGCCAAGGAUCAUACACCUACCGUCUGGUUCGCGGACAACGGCGAGCGACUCGGUACAUACAGAGGCCACAAUGGUGCCGUUUGGUGUUGCGACGUCUCCCGGGAUUCCAAGCGCCUGAUCACAGGAAGUGCAGAUCAGACUGCAAAGUUAUGGGAUGUUGAGACUGGGACACAGCUUUAUUCCUUUGGUUUUGAAGCACCGGCUAGAGCUGUUGAGUUUUCAGAAGGAAAUAAGCUUGCUGUGAUCACUGCGGACCCAUUCAUGGAACUACCUUCUUCCAUUCAUGUGAAACGGAUUGCAAGAGAUCCUAGUGAGCAGACUGGGGAAUCAGUGCUUAUCAUCAGGGGACCCCAAGGAAGGAUUAACAGAGCUGUGUGGGGGCCCCUUAACAGAACUUUAAUCAGUGCAGGAGAAGAUGCUGUAGUUCGUAUAUGGGAUUCUGAGACUGGGAAGCUGCUGAGAGAAUCAGACAAGGAAACUGGCCACCAGAAAACAAUAACUUCAUUGUCAAAGUCCUCUGAUGGGUCUCACUUCAUCACCGGUUCACAGGAUAAAUCUGCAAAGCUUUGGGACAUGAGAACUCUCACACUUCUGAAGACAUAUGUGACUGAGCGACCAGUCAACGCUUGCGCAAUUUCACCACUCCUUGAUCAUGUGGUGAUUGGUGGUGGUCAGGAAGCAUCACACGUCACAACCACAGAUCGUCGUGCAGGGAAGUUUGAGGCUAAAUUCUUCCACAAGAUUCUUCAAGAAGAAAUUGGUGGUGUUAAGGGACAUUUUGGACCGAUCAAUGCUCUGGCUUUCAAUCCUGACGGACGGAGCUUCACGAGUGGCGGUGAAGAUGGUUACGUAAGACUGCAUCACUUUGAUCCUGAUUACUUCAAUAUCAAGAUGUAGUUUCGGGCCAUCAGAUUGCAGUUUUGUAGCCUCUCUUUGUAUUUUGGUCCUUUCCUUGGUCAGUUCCUUUCGGUGUUUAUGUAUCUGAUUUCUCUUGCUUUCUCUGCAAUCAAGUAUGAGAUAACGGCUAUUUCCCAUGAAACUGCACAAAAUAACUGAACAUGUCCGCGAUAUUUUGUUUUGUUUUGCCUUUUCUUUUUUCUGUUUUCACAUAUCUUGGUACAAUUUCUACCUGGGAAAUGAAAGUCUUACCUGUUA